AUGUGCAAGCAAAUGCUCUUCUACGUGUUUCUCGUAGUUAGCGUUGCCCUUGCGUCGGGGCAACUGUUCUCUAAGCCCAAUUUUCUUGUCAUCGUAACGGAUGACCAGGACUACAUGUUCAACUCUACCCACCCGUACUACAUGCCCAUGCUGAACCAGCACAUUGUGGAGCAGGGCCUGCAGUUGCGCAACUUCCUCAUCUCAACCGCCGCAUGUUGCCCCUCGCGGUCCAUUCUCAUGACGGGGCGUUACACGCACAACAACAACGUCACCAGCAAUAUUGAGCCACACGGCAGCUUUUGGAAAUUCAUGUCUCAGCGCCUGGAUGAUGACUACCUGCCCGUGUGGCUGCAGAAAGCAGGAUACCGGACCAUGCACGUAGGCAAGUUCCUCAACGCGAUGGACCCGACCGACCCACGGUUCAGGUGCCCCAAAGGCUGGGACACAUGGGACGCUCUGGUAGAGCCGUAUGUAUAUCUGUACUACAACCCCGCGUUUAGCUACAACUGUGGCCCUAUAGAGGCAGGUCAAGGGGGCCGCUGUGGCUGGGGGUUUUGCGACUAUAUUAACAACGAGGGCGGCUGCGUCUUUCCGGUGCCCGCUCAGCGCCACAAGCUGCUGUUCCCUGACGCCCUGUUGCCCAUGAACCCCAACUUCAACGUUCCGCCGCCGCCCGAACUGGGUCUUAUCAACGAGAUGAAGAGCAGCUCCGGAGUGCAGAAGCACUACCUGGCCCGGCUGCGGACGCUGCGAGCAGUGGACGAGAUGAUCGGGCGGCUAGCAACAACGCUCGCCAGCGUGGGCCAGCUGUCCAACACGUACGUUAUCUUCACGAGCGACAACGGCUUCCAGCUGGGCAAUCACGCCCAGAGCAGUGGCAAGCAGUUUCACUGGGAGGAGGUGGUCCGGGUGCCUUUCUACAUUCGAGGCCCCGGAAUUCCCCCCGGCUACGUCACGGACUGGCAGGGUAACAUGGUGGACAUCCCCGCGACCGUCAUGGACCUCAGCGGAGCCGGAGUACCCGACAUCGCGGACGGGGAACCCAUCCCCUUGAGGACGCUGCUGCCCUCUUUCUCCUACCCCUAUACCCCGGCUCCCGCCACUGCUCAACUGACCAAGGGCCGCCGCCGACUCAGCGGCAGUAGCGGCAGCAGCGGGUCCAUGUUGUAUGUGGAAAGCGACUUCGAGGGUCCUGACGUGCUGGCUGUGGAUUCAGAUGCAGUGGAUCCCGAUUUGGAUCUGGAACUUGAGGACCAGCAUGGCGGUGGCCGGCGCCUGGCGCAGUCGACCGAAUACAACCGCGGUAUGCGUGAGAUGAUGCCCAUUGAGAUGUGGGGCCACGCAUGGGACAAGCGGAUCACCAUGAAGGACUACCGGGCGCUCAGGAUCUGCACCGGCUGGCUGGCGUUCGGCUCUGCGGCGGAUUACAGGAGCGCGCUGAUCAACGGCACGCUUGGCUGGGGGGAUACGUUUUACGGGAGCAUCGGCCGCAUCUUUGCGGGACCUGGACUCAAUGGCGGCAUCAACGCGUACGACGACUCCUUCGUGGACGACAACAGCACCGACGACAGCGUGCCGGACAUGCGCCGCCGCCUUCUCCAGGGGGGAUCGGUUGUCGUACCCGGCUCCCUGCUGGACAACCCCGACCCGUCUUCCUCGUCAUCAAUGCCGAGCUCACAAAUUGAAGCUCAGCUUGAGGCUUACGUGGUGGAGGUCAUUGAAGCUGUCAGCAAGAGGCUCAAGGCCACCGCUGUCGAAUCAGCCGCCGACACGGCCGCAGCGGCGCCAUCAGUUGCUGCCAAGGUGGCGGUGUUGCCAGCGCGGCCGUACACGCUGCGUCUGAGUUUCAUCUAUGGAGAGCCGCUGGAUACGGACAGCUGGUCCAAGCAGCUGGAUUCCGCCUGCGUCUACAUCACCGCCGCAACGGGCGCGGAGAGCUGUACCGCCAACGCCGCCACCACCUUCCUGGCGACCAGCGGGCUGUCCUCUGUGUUCGAUGCGGUGCUGGUGCGGGGUAGCGGUCUCCCACUGGGUGACUUCAACUCUGCGGUGUCGGACUUCGCGCGAGACCCCUCGCUCUUCCUGCCGCUGCCGUACCGCAGCGCGUUCAACAUCUCCUCGAUAUCGGCCAUAAACUGCGGCAUCGCCAGCAGCGCCGCCGGCGCUGUCAAUGCCGCUGGCCCGUGCGGUUCUGCCGCCACGCCGCCGCCCCUUUCUGCCAUCCACGGCCAUCGACACCGAUUCCUGCUAUUCGCCGCUGAUAUCGCGGACGGUUCCGACAACUUGACCAUUCCUGACAACACGCCGCCGUCAGCGCCGGAUGACCCAACGCCGAGGAACCCGCCGCCGAAGCCGUCGAAACCGCCGCGGCCACCGCCGCGACCGCCGCGGCCGCCGCGGCCCAGCCCAUCGCCGCGGCCGCCGUCGCCGCCACCUAAUCCCCCUAAGCCCCCCUCGCCCCCCGGCCCGCCGUCUCCGUUACCACCUCCGCCCAUGGUGCGGGUGGUCAUGAUGUCCAUGAAUUACCGUAGAGCAUUCGACACUGACCGGUUCCGGCAGCAGCUCGACUCCACGUGCCUCUUCCUUCGCAUCUUCUCCACGGCCGUGACGUGCACACCGGGGGAGAUGCCGCAGGGCGCCUGGCUGGCGGAUGACGGACUUAGCAGCUGGAUGCUGCUGACCCUGGGGCAAAACAGCCGCCCGUCAGAUUUCGAGUUCACGGUCGCCAACCUCCAGAACAACACGGCAUUCUACUUUGGCGAUCUUUACCGCCGAGUGUACGACGUUAUCGACAUCAAGAUAUCGCUGGUGAUGCCGCCGUUGCCGCCGUCGCGACCAUCAUCACCGCCGUCGCCGCCGUCGCCACCGUCGCCGCCGCCUAGCGUACCGCUGCCGCCGCCCUCCCCGGCGCCAUCGCCUCCGCAACCCGCACCGCCGUCGCCUGUGCCGCCGCGGCCGCUGUCGCCGUCGCCGCCCCCUUUGCCGUACCCACCAGUACCGCUGCCUCCGCCACCAUACCCGAAGCCGCCGUCGCCGCCGCUGCCGGCUGUCUAUUCCCCGCCGCCGUCCCAGACGCCACCGCCCUACGUUGCUAGAUCGCCGCCGUUGAAGUCACCACCUCCGAAACCACGACCCCCCCCGCCAUUCCGGAGUCCUCCCACCGCUAUUGCCAACACUUCCACCUGUCUCUUCAUCCGCAUCGCGACACGUGCAGCGAGCUGCUCCACCGCCAGUGUCUACUUCGCAGAUUAUGGUGUGGGCAGCAUCUUCAAGGUUGUCCUUACGCAGGGCCCGGGUAUCACUGCCGAGGACUUCGCUAGGGAGGUGGAUGUCUUCGCAAGCGACCCGAUGCGCUAUCUUGGCGAGUCGUACCUAUCGCUGUACAACAUCAAAACCAUGAUCCCCACCGCGCCUGCCGCCUUGCUGGACCGUCUCGAUGCCCUGAUGACGGCCGUCGGCUACUGCCGUGGGGGCGACAUGUGCUCCAACCCCUACCAGCUGCUACACCCCGACGGCUCUGUCAACAGCUUCGAGGAGGCCAUGGACCCCCAGUACGACGGCCUGUACGCCUCACUGCGAAAGUUCGCAUUCGGCCGCUGCUCCACGGGGUACUUCCCCAACACGGAAAGCAGCUGGCUAUUGGGUGAUGCCAAGCCAUCGCCGCCGCCGCGAAAGAAGGGCCAAGGCAACUGA